AUGCAAGUUCAUAUCAAGGCCGAUGGCAACUGGACAAAUGCACUGCGUGACAUUGCAGAGAAAGGAAGCAACAGCACCAUCAAAAUUGGUCUUGAUGGACCUUUUGGGGCUCCAGCACAGCGAUUUUAUGACUACGAUUACAGCAUGGUAUUUGGAGCCGGUAUUGGUGUGACACCCUUUUCUGGGGUCUUGACCGAUCUUCAACACCAUGAACUGGAACGAGUCAAGCCCAAGUCUCAUUCCAGCAGCGAUGCCUCGUCCGAAACCCCCAGGGAGCCUUCACCUUACGCCAACCAUCGGCGCGUCGACUUCCACUGGCAAGUCCGCGACAAGAACAAUCUUCUCUGGUUCUCCGACCUCCUCAACGAAGUCUGGCGCGCCCAACAACUCGAUAGCUCCAACCUCGAUAUCCGCAUCAACACCUAUGUCACGCAGAAGCGAAAACAGAUUUCCGAGCACGUGUUCCGCUGGCUGCUUGAAAAGCACCGCACGGAUGAGCAUCCGCAGUCGCUCAUUACUGGAUUAAUCAAUCCCACGCAUUUCGGUCGACCGGACGUCAAAUUGAUCAUGGAGGAGCACUACUCGGAUAUGACAAAGGUCCUGGCUGAGCGCAUGAAUAACGAAAAGGAUGCGAAGAAGAAGGAGCAGGGGGAUGCAGAGGUCAAGAUCGGGGUGUUCUUUUGCGGGCCGCCGGUGGUGGGCCAGCAGAUUGCAGAUCAAUGUAGUCAAAUGACUGCAAAGGCAAGGAAUGAGGGGAGAAAUAUCGAGUAUCGGUUCAUGAUUGAAGUGUUUGGAUGA